GGCAACCCUGAGCAGCGGCGUCCAAUCAGCGCUCAGUAUGAAGAUGGCCGCGCUAGCAGUGGAGGAGACCCCUUCAGGGAGAGAUGCUCUCGCCGAGGGUUUGCUGGAUCUCCUGAGUCCCGCUGUACAGCAGCUCGACACACAUGUGCACUCAGUCAGAGAAAGCCAAGUGGAACUCAGGGAACACAUUGAUAAUUUGGCAUCUGAGCUGUGUAGGAUCAACGAACACCAGAAGGUGGCACUAGAUUUAGAUCCAUAUGUGAAAAAACUCCUUAAUGCCAGACGAAGAGUGGUGCUUGUCAACAACAUACUCCAGAAUGCACAGGAGCGUUUGCGAAGGCUGAACCAUAAUGUUGCUAAAGAGACGGCACGCAGGAAGACCAUGCUUGAGGCAUCUGGAGCAUUUACUCCACGCUCUCCCAGCAAACCAUGAUGUCCGAAAUCACACAUUGUGGGAAUGCACCAUUACACUGUGCUCGAUGCCAAGGACUGACGCUGUAGACCUGCAGAAUCUCCUCUUCUCAUUAAAGGGCGCUGGGCUAUGCUAAGCACUGCUAACAGAGCACUGCAGCAUUAGUGUCAGUUCACUGGAGAGUAGUCAGGGAGACAGCAGUGUAAAUAUGCACUCAUCUCUUUCUUGAACAUGUUUCUUUUAAAUACAAUAUUUGUCUUUAUGAAUUUAACUGUUGCUGACAAAUGCAAUGCUGUGGAUUUGUUAAUAAUUUGCAGAUGUAGGGUUUGAAUAAUUAUUGUUUAUCAGAACUGUCAGUGAAAAUAUCAAGACUAAUUCACCUGCAAAUAUUCCACUGUCAGUCUUACCAUAUUUGUUCUUGGGUUUAUACUCUGUACAUGUUUUUAUCUAAUUAUUUUCUGUUGCAAAUGUGCUUAAUGUAUUAAAAGGAAUCAUUCACCCAAAA